AUGUUUGACAAUUUCCAGCCAUUUACAAUUCAGACUUUGUCUGACCCAAAUGUCACAAUCAACGGGCUCAAAAUCGGCGAUGCCUCCUCGCCCAAGCCAGCUCUUCUUUUGAUUCACGGCUUUCCUCAAACCCUCCACAUCUGGCACCGUGUCGUCCCCCAGAUCGUCGACAAGUAUAACAUCGUCCUCAUCGAUAUCCGCGGUUAUGGAAAGUCUUCCAAGCCGGCCGGCGUUGCAUCUUAUGCGAAAAGUGCCAUGGCCCGCGACUGCAUCGAUGUCAUGGACGCCCUCGGCCACAGCGGCUCGUUCUUCGUCUGCGCGCACGACCGCGGUGCCAGAGUCGCUCAUAAACUGGCAGUCGACUACCCUGAUCGCAUCCGCAAGUUCAUUCUGCUAGACAUCUGCCCCACGCUUGCCAUGUACACAAAAACAGAUUUCGACUUUGCAACCGCAUAUUUUCACUGGUUCUUCCUCAUCCAGAAGGAGCCGCUUCCUGAGACGCUUAUCACUGCAAAGCCCAGAGAGUUGGCCGAAAUGUUUAUGGGCGGUAGACAGGGCGACGGGGUGGCCAUAUUUGAGCCCGAUUGCUUCAACAUCUAUGCUGAGAGCCUGGAAGAUUAUGAUACCGUUCAUGGCAUGUGUAACGAUUAUCGUGCCAGUGCGACACUAGAUCUAGAGGAGGCGCGCCAAGAUCUGAAGAACGGAAGGAAGAUCAAGAGUCCUUUACUUAUUCUUUGGGGAAAUCAUGGAGUUAUUGAGAAGUGUUUCGAUGCUAUCAAGGAGUGGAAGGACGUGACGGAGGAUGGCGUCUCGGUGCAGGGACACAAUGUUGAUUCGGGACAUUAUAUUCCCGAGCAGGCACCUGAUGAAGUCGUGGCGUCUAUCAAAGAAUUUCUGGUGUAA